AUCUCAAGACCGCCAUCUUCUGUUUGCAAGGAUUUGUGCAAGUCCAUCAAAUUGUGUGAUCUUUAGUGAAAAACAGUGAUAAAUAAGUAAAAUGAAAUAUGCAAGGAGCGUUAAUUGUUGCCAUCAAUUCUCGUUGAUUAUUUAAACGGUUGAGUAAAAGUUAAAUGCGGCUAAAAAUAAUCGUUCUGCUCUCGAAUCCCCGUUUUCAGUCGUAAUUCAACGGUGAAGCAGCCAUCAUGUCACGGAGAGCCGAGGGUCAGCUUUUCAUCGGAAGAUUGAGCAAAAAUACGCGACAGAGAGACUUGGAAGAAAUAUUCGAACCUUAUGGUCGUAUGCAGAGAUGCGAAAUUAAGUAUGGUGCUGAAAUGGCUUAUGCUUUUGUUGACUACGAAGACCGCCGAGACGCCGAGGAUGCUAUUAAAUAUGAAAAUGGUCGAGAAGUAUGUAAUUCAAGUAUCAUUGUAGAAUGGGCAAAAGGCAACCCAAGACGUCCUUUAGUCAGUAAUGGCUAUGAUGAAUGCUAUCGCUGCCAUCGACCUGGACAUUGGGCUCGGGAUUGCCCUGAUGAUCGUUACUAUGGUUACAGAAGGCCCGAGCGCAGUAGCUACUACAGAUCACCAUCUCCACGCCGAAGACGAAGAUCUCGAUCAAGGUCACGAUCCAGAGACAGGCGUCGUAGAAGAUCUCGAACAAGGUCUCAUAGUAGAGAUCGCAGUCGUAGUAGAGACCACAGGAGUAGUAGUAGAGACAGAAGACGACGUAGUCCAAGCAGUGAACAUCGACGAGGUCGAGACAAACUUAGUCCAGAUCACUAUCGACGAGACAAAAGUAGAUCUCGAUCAAAGAGCCGUUCUCGAUCUGUUAGUCAAUCCAGAAGUAGAUCUGUUAGCCGUUCCAGAAGUAGAUCCCGAAGUGCUUCCAAAGGGAAAACAAAUGGAGAACAGGAAACUGUUGCAGUGAAACCAGAUCAUUCUCAUUCAUCUAGUCGGUCACGCAGUAGAUCGAGGGACAAGUUUACACGGCAGUCAAGAAGCAGAAGUGUUUCACAAAGCUGAAGACUAACAAAAUUUUACACAGGCCAUCCAUUGUUUUCAUUUCUCUAUAUAAACUGUAUUAGAUCUUGAAAUUCUACUUUUUGCUUGCAGUCAUUAAAAGUUUUCUUACAUUUA